CCUCAAAUGAAACAUGCCUAAAUGAUAUUUUCCCCAAAAAAAAUACGGAAAGAAUAAAUAAGCCGCCCUGGACCCUAGCCAAGUAUCAAACUCAUGUAAGUACUUUUGGGUUGGGACACUGAACGGAAAAUCGGGAGAGGGAUGGAUGCGAACGGGCACCAUGUUGAGGAGGAAGGAGCGGGACAAGCGGCACCAGCCAAGUGCCUCAGCAGCUAUGUGGACGAAGGCAGCAUCGAGAGUCACAGAUACUACCUUUCUCGAAAGACUGUGCUUGAGAUGCUCAGAGACAGGGGCUUCUCCAUUCCCUCCUCUGAAAUAGGCCUCUCUCUCGCCGAAUUUCGGGCCAUUCACGGCCAAUCCCCUGACAUCGAACGCCUCCGCUUCUCCGCUACCCAUGCCUCUGACCCUUCCAAGCGGAUUUUGGUCAUUUUCUGCUGGCCUGGUGUUGUAAAAGUUAAUGCGAUACGGAGCCUUGUAGGCCAACUUUUCAACACAGACACUUUAUCUGGGAUGAUAUUGAUAGUUCAGGAGCAAAUUACUAACCAGGCCUUGAAAGCUUUAGAAGUUCUAAAAUUCAAGGUUGAAGUUUUCCAGAUCACCGAUUUACUUGUUAACAUUACAAAGCAUGUAUUGAAGCCAAAGCACGAGGUGCUGACUAAUCAACAGAAACAAGAGCUUUUGAAGAAAUACAAUUUAGAAGAAAAGCAGCUUCCCCGCAUGCUGCAGAAAGAUGCCAUUGCGCGAUACUAUGGACUGGAGAGGGGACAAGUAGUUAAAGUCACCUAUAGUGGUGAUAUCUCCCAGAUGCAUGUCACAUACCGAUGUGUUUGGUGAUGCUUUGCUGUGCAGUUUGUCUCUUGUAUUUUGUUAGUUGUAGUCCAAGCUAGCUGUUCAGUCAUGCAGAAGCGUCAAAUUUUAAUUUUGAACUAGUGCCAUGUUUGUGAUUGCACAAACUUGAUCCCUAGUGAUUUGCAUCAUGCUGCAUUUGUAGGUGGGAACUUCAUGACCAUGGUGGUUUUCUUUUUCACUCCUGGACAUUUUUCCAGUCUAGACGUUGUGGUGUAGAUGCAAUUCUGAAUGCUUGCUAUUA